UCAGGGGCUCAGUCGCUGCGCUGUCUUGUCCUGUGGGCGGAUUAAAGAGGCUCAGCUCUUAACUGGGCAAAAGGGAUAGAGAGAGAAAAUAGCUUGUAGCAUCUGCAAAGCUAGGCGAAGGAUUGAGCCUGCGUUAGCAAUAAAUUAUAUGUUGCAUUGAAAAAGAAGAGACGCAACAUUUAAAAAAAAAUGGAUAAUUCCGGUAAAGAGAAAGAAGCCAUGCAACUGAUGGCUGAUGCAGAGAAAAAGGUGAAAUCAUCGCAUUCCUUUCUUGGAGGUUUGUUUGGAGGCAACACAAGAGUGGAAGAGGCAUGUGAAAUGUUCGCCAGAGCUGCAAACAUGUUCAAGAUGGCUAAAAACUGGAGUGCUGCAGGGAAUGCGUUUUGCCAAGCCGCCAAACUGCACCUCCAGUUACAAAGCAAACACGAUGCUGCCACCAGUUUUGUGGAUGCUGGGAAUGCGUACAAGAAGGCAGACCCACAAGAGGCCAUCAACUGCUUAAAUGCUGCUAUUGACAUAUACACGGAUAUGGGGAGGUUUACAAUUGCAGCAAAACACCAUAUCACCAUCGCAGAGAUUUAUGAAUCUGAGCUGGUAGAUAUUGAAAAGGCAAUUGCUCAUUAUGAACAAGCUGCGGAUUACUAUAAAGGAGAAGAGUCGAACAGUUCUGCUAAUAAGUGUCUGCUGAAAGUAGCGGCCUAUGCAGCCCAGCUGGAACAGUAUCAGAAGGCAAUAGAAAUCUACGAGCAGGUUGGGACCAACACCAUGGAUAACCCACUGCUGAAAUAUAGUGCAAAGGAAUAUUUCUUCAAAGCCGCGUUGUGUCAUUUUAUUGUCGACGAGCUCAAUGCUAAGCUUGCUCUGGAGAAGUAUGAAGAAAUGUUUCCAGCAUUUUCCGAUUCACGAGAAUGCAAACUUUUAAAGAAAUUGCUUGAAGCUCAUGAGGAACAAAAUGGUGAAGCUUAUACUGAAGCAGUGAAGGAAUUUGAUUCUAUAUCACGACUGGACCAGUGGUUGACAACAAUGUUACUGCGCAUCAAAAAGUCCAUUCACGGAGAAGGGGACCUCAAGUGAAUUAGCUUUGCAUACACUUGAGGCAUUUUGCCAAUUGUGACAUGCUAUUGUGUGUGUGCUGGGUUGUGACAAACAUGGAUAUACCUGUUUCAAUGUUAAUAAUUCAGUUUUGUUUCCUUUGUUUAAUAUGCCUGAUUAAUGUUUAAUUUUAAAUAUAUUGUUUUCUCCAUUCUGCUGAUUAAUGCCCAAUUUGGGAACUGAUCCCAGCCAAAAGCAUUGCAGCACUAUAAAGGGCAUGGUUAAGACACAUCAACAUUUUUGCCUGAGAACUACUCUAAGUGCUAGUAAAAUUUCCUCUUUCGUGCUUGUGAAAAAUCUAUUGGGUGGUGACUAAAUGUUCUAGAAAAGGAUUAUGAAGAAAUUUAGGCUGGAGUACAAUUUCUGAAAUUUUUAUACUCUGCACAAUCCUAAAGUACAUGGCAUUAGUUCACCAAAUAGCACAUACCUUUUUUUUAAAAAGUGUUGGAUUCCAUAGGAUACAAAAUGUUCCAUCUGGAGAACUUAAUCUGCACUUGUUCUUCUGUAUUUAGCAGCUGAUAAGUCACUUUUGUUGCUUUGAUUUUUAAUUUUACACAUUGCCAGGAUUUAUAGAUAAUUAAAACAAUACAAAGGAAAAGAUCAAUAUAUCCUUUUCAUUUUGUAUUUUAGAA